UUACUUCACUUUCUACCACAGGGAACUGGAAAAAAUUGAAGUGGAUGGGGAUGACCUUUAUCUACCAACUGCUCCCACCAAACUUGUUCGUGGAAUUCAAUUGGAUAGUGGGAUACCUCUGCAGUCUGCUGCGAAAGUUCCUAUUAUGAUCACAUUUAAUGUGGUGGAUAGAGACGGGGAUCACAACAUCGUAAAACCCCAAGCAUGCAUCUUCAAGGUUGGAGAUGAUUGUCGACAAGAUGUUCUUGCCCUUCAAGUGAUUUCACUCCUCGAAGACAUUUUUGAAGCAGUUGGGCUUAACCUUUACCUUUUCCCAUAUGGAGUUCUUCCUACUGGCCCAGGGAGAGGCAUAAUUGAGGUUGUACCUAAUACACGGAGCAGAAGCCAGAUGGGUGAAACCACUGAUGGUGGAUUGUAUGAGAUUUUUCAACAAGACUAUGGGCCUGUUGGCUCAGACAGUUUUGAAGCUGCCCGUGAUAACUUCAUAAUUAGCAGUGCUGGUUAUGCAGUUGCCAGCCUCUUACUUCAACCAAAGGAUCGUCAUAAUGGGAAUCUUCUUUUUGACAAUGUUGGCAGGCUUGUACAUAUUGAUUUUGGUUUUAUCUUGGAAACUUCUCCUGGUAACAAUAUGCGUUUUGAAAGCGCUCAUUUUAAGCUGAGCCACGAGAUGACACAGUUGCUUGACCCAUCUGGGGUGAUGAAAAGUGAAACCUGGCUACACUUUGUAAGCUUGUGUGUGAAAGGGUAUCUUGCUGCUCGGCGUUAUAUGAAUGGGAUCCUCAAUACGGUACUGAUGAUGGUUGACAGUGGGCUACCUUGCUUCAGCCGAGGCGACCCUAUUGGGAAUCUACGCAAGAGAUUCCAUCCUGAGAUGAGCGAACGAGAGGCUGCCAAUUUCAUGAUUAAAACCUGCGCUGAUGCCUACAACAAGUGGACUACUGCAGGCUAUGAUUUAAUACAGUAUUUGCAGCAGGGCAUUGAAAAGUAGAAGCUUAUGGGCCGCCCUCUUUAAAUUAUCAUUCCUUGCAAGUGUACUCGUCUUCGUUUACCUGUUAAUUUGUAGAAAGAAUUUUUCUUGAGAGUUUUUCCUUAGUGAGGUUUCUGAGAAACAUUGUAAAUGCGGGAAACACUUGAAAGAAUCAAAAGUUCUUUGUUGUGGGACUACAUCUGAGUUCUGUUGAAAUUCAAAGUGUAUCUUGUACCUCCAAUAUAUCAAUG